AUGAAUGCAGCGGAAGCACGUGGACCCCAGGAAGUGGUUCUACCAAAGAUCAAGACUGAUAGCGGGAAUCAGAGGAGUCCCCAGUACAGGUUCAGAAGCAGUUCAAAGCAGUUUGUCUGCGUGGAGCUGCUGCAAGAUGGCAACCACAAGACAUUUUCAGAGCUCUUCUCUCUGCUGUGCCUGGAUAAGGAUCAGAGGAACUCGCUUCAUCCGGACACAUCCACGCUUCGGGCGCCCCUGCUGGAGGAGCAACUGGAGAAAAUGGAGACCAUAAAGCUGCACCUGAGCAGAGCCGAGCAGGCGGAGAGGACAGGUUCCUGGACAGCGGUGUGUGAGCAGCGUCUGCUUCUGGGCCUGCACUUCUCGGCUCCGGAGGAUGUCUGGCUCGCUUUGUAUUUCUUCCACAGCUGUGCGGACAGAAAGCAUGGGGGGGGCUCCAGAGCGGCCACGGAGGCCCGGGCCUGCCUGGCUGACAUCUACCUGCGGCGAGGUGACCUGGAGCAGGCGAGGCAGCAGGGGGAGCUUUGUCUGAGACAGGCGGAGGACGGAGGCUGGUUGGAUUCGUCGGGUGUGUCCCUAAAGCUCCGGGCCUGCCUGGUACUGGGGAAGACCUAUGGCUGGCUGGCUGAUGCUCAGCUGGCGGCUUCUGACUGCGAUAAGGCCUUGAAGCUGCUGCACAAGGGCCACAGCAUGUCCAAAGAGUGUGACAACAAGCUGAUCGAGGCGGAGGUUGUAUUUCGAUUCGGACUGACCCAUCAGAGCUCAGGUGACCAAGAAACGGCCAAACAGUUCUUUAACACCUGUAUAGAAAUCUACAACUCACUUCAGAAUAGAGAUGAAAUAGUUAAGGUCCUCAAGGCUAUGGCAAAGUCUUUUGAGAAGGAGGGAAACAUAGAGGAGACUGUGCAGUGUCUGGAGAAGUCAGCAGACAUCUGUCGAAGCAGCGGACUGCCGAGCAAAUUGGCUGAUAUCUGUCUGUGCCUGGGCAACAUCUACUAUAAAACGAGUCAGUAUGUCAAAGCAUACAAGUGCUUCCUGCAGGGUUAUGAAGUGGCCUGUGAGGCAGGAGAUGUAGCGCUGCUGCAGAAAGCACAGGUGAUGGUGGGCUGCUCAUGUGCUCUGCCUUUGAUCAGAACGUACAGCUCAGACAUGGAGUCGGCCUCAUCUGCCACUGUGAAAAGGCUGGUGGCGUGGAAGGAGAGCAGAGGACACCAGGACCUAAUCACAGAUCCAGCAGAGUAAAGUGCUGCUGCCUGGUACCCACUCCUGAUCAGAUCAGGCAAACAUCCAGAAACGUACAAAACUGACCAGCUCAUAAAAGCAAUCAAAAACAUUUUACAGUAAAUAAAAAUCUUUACAACACUGACACUUUUAUUUCAUUCUGUCAAACACUGAAUUUGCUUUCAGUUCUGUCACUUGAUCAACAAUCAAAGCACUGAAAAAAGAUAUGUAAAGCCCUGUGUAAAUAACCUUGCUUUCAGGCAAAUUUGUACUUUCUAAGGUUUUAAUUUACUGUUUAAUAGAGCAAUAAGAGCUCAGACACUCAGCUGUAUACCUGCAUGUCAAU